AUGAACAAGAAGCUUAAGAUCCGCAAAAAGCGUAACCAGAAACCAGAGGUCCGUGCUGCUGCCCGUGCUGCUCUGAAGGAGGCAAAGGAUCGCAGCAAGGCGAAAAAGUCGGUGUCCAAGUCCGAGCAUGCCAGCAAGGGCAUUAAGGACGGUAACGCCCCUCAUGCUCAGAAGAAGUCGAGUAACGGUGGUGCCAUUUAA